AUGUCCUCGACCGACGAGCAUCGCCCUUACAUGCAGCCCGAAUCCUCCCACGAAAGUCUUCUUCCAGUAACAAGAUUCCACGAACCAGGGCUAGUCUCGUCAUCGGAUCGCGAGGUUGGCCCGACAGUGACAGCCAGGUCGGCCACCCCUACCCAGUUCACCAUUUGGUCACUAUACCGACGGCGACAACAUCGUUCCUCUUCUCGGGGUUCGAGAGUCUCAGUCUCAAGUGUUUCACUAACCAUCCAUGAACAUCGUUUGGCUUCUCCUCAACAAGGCCCGGAAGAAACACCAGCAGCAACCUUGCUGGACGAUGGAGCCCGUCCCAGCGAGAGCACCACGCCAGCGAUGGACAUCAACUCCAAUGGCCUUGCGACGGACUUCCAGCGCCAGAAGAUCAAAGCCGCGAUAAUAUUUCCUGAAGUUAUAGGCAUCCUAGCCACCUUCUGUUUUCUUGCCUUUAAUAUUGCCAUUAUCCUGAUUCAAGACACCAGCACAGACACUGCAGGGCGGUAUAAGGACGCUAUAACUGUUCUCGCUGCCAUUUUACCAAUAGUUUUCUGCAUGGUCGUCGGUCAACUGAUGACACACAUAGUCUGCUGGAGGCUUGAGUCGGGCACGUGGCUCCAAUCUCUGGAGCAGCUAUUAGCCAGUCGAACCGUAGGCGGCGCUGCGCUUUCAGUCUUAACCUUGCCGUUCGGAUGGCUUUACAUUGUGCUGCUGUUUCUUUGUUCGUUUCCUCCACCUGGGCGCGCAUUCUAUGCUACGAUGCUGCGGACGAAGCUGCAGGAAUUCGAGACCAACACAACCCUGAUCUACUUCGAUACCAAUACCAAUCCCAUGUUGGAUUUUGGCCUUGUCUCUACACUUCAGAGUGACCCGGUUGGUGGGCCGUCCAUCAUAGCAUCGAUAUACAUGGCUUGA